UCUGCCAUCCCUAAUGCAAGCCGAAGCCGUCAAAUUGCGCUAAUUUUGUGUAAAAAAUUUUCAAGUUUGGUGGAAAAACUACAAAAUUGAAAGUUAUUUUAGCUGUCCAAGGCAGCAAACGCAACACCAAGACGCAAGCAGCGUGUACAGCGUAGGUAGAAGCAGAGAGACAAAACGGAGAAACGGCAAUAGUUUUCACAAAAGCAAAAAGCAACAAAAGGUGCAAAACACAAAAUGUCUGGCAUUGCUAUAACACGUUUGGGCGAGGAGCGUAAGGCAUGGCGAAAGGAUCAUCCGUUUGGGUUUGUGGCACGACCUGCCAAGAAUCCCGAUGGUACACUGAACCUCAUGAUUUGGGAGUGCGCCAUUCCCGGCAAGAAAUCGACACCCUGGGAGGGUGGCCUCUACAAGCUGCGCAUGAUCUUCAAGGAUGAUUAUCCAACCUCGCCACCGAAAUGCAAAUUCGAACCGCCGCUAUUCCAUCCCAAUGUCUAUCCGUCGGGCACCGUCUGCCUGUCGCUGCUUGACGAGGAAAAGGAUUGGCGUCCAGCCAUUACCAUCAAACAGAUUCUGCUGGGCAUACAGGAUUUGCUUAACGAGCCCAAUAUCAAGGAUCCUGCCCAAGCAGAGGCGUACACCAUCUACUGUCAGAACCGGUUGGAGUACGAGAAGCGUGUCCGUGCCCAGGCCCGCGCCAUGGCUGCCACCGAAUAGAGUUAAAAUAAGCAGGCAGCAGCAAAUACCGCUACUCUCCAUGAAAGCACACACACACACACACCGACACAAACACACACACAUUCAAAUCAACCUUUUCAAUGGGCAGACAGUCAAGUGAUCAUCCAACACACACACACACACAAACACGAACACACAUAAACAUUUAGGAAGGAGGCGUUUUCGGGAAUGCCUCUUCUAAUUACAAGAAAACAUUUUAAUAAUUCUUAAGUUGAUUUAAAAUGAUAAAAAGAAAAGAGAAAACAAAACAAAAGAAACAAUAUGAAGAAUUCGGUUUGCACCAAUUAUAAAUUAUAUAUAUACAUAUAAAUUACUUACACUUAACAAUUACAUCAUGUAGAAUUCCUUAUUUCACAGCACUGUAAUUUUCG